AUGGCGGUUGCACGCAAAACUAUCUUGAUAACGGGCUGUACCGUCGGAGGUAUCGGCGGUGGACUGGCUGAGGUAUUCCUGGAGAAAGGUUACCAUGUCUUCGCCGGCUUAAGAAACCCCUCCAAAGCCUCGCCUACUCUAACCAAAUCCUCGCAUGUUACGCUCCUAACACUGGACGUCCUACGUGCCGAAUCCAUAACCUCUGCAGUCGAGCGCGUCACGACUCAAACUGGAGGCAAACUCGAUAUCCUGCUCAACAACAGCGGCGGCAACCUCAUUCUACCAGGCUUGGAUGUCCCCAUCGAGAAAGCAAAACAAAUGUUCGACCUCAACUUCUGGGCCCCGGUCGCCAUGAUACAGGCGUUUGCUCCACUUUUGAUCAAAGCGAGAGGGACUAUUGUGAACAACACAUCAGUCAAUGCAGUGGUGCCGAUGCCUCUGAUGAGCAUGUACAACGCAUCCAAAGCAGCACUCGCGACCGCCAGCGACACCUGGCGCAUUGAGCUCGAGCCGCUCGGAGUUCGAGUCAUCGCGCUCGCCACAAUGGGUGUCAAGACGAAUGCCUUCGUCAACAAAACAAUGGUCGAACUCCCCAAGUCUUCUCAGUAUUGGGACAUCCGUGAAUUCAUUUACGGCAUUUACGACGGCAGACUCCAGAGCAGUGGCAUCACCACGAACGAAUACGCCCAGAAAGUGUACCACGAAGUCGAAAGUGGUGUCAGUGGGAUCACUUGGGUUGGCGGAGGUGCUGGAAUGGCUCGAUUCUCGUGGUGGCUCUUCCCCCGUUCGCUGCGCGAUAUGCUGGUGGAAAGUAUCAUGCCUUUCAAGAAGGAGAUGGCCAAGGCUUCACAGAAGAAAAAGGUCUAG